AUGGGAAAACGCAAGAAGUCAUCACGGAGCACAAUUAAAGGUCCUAAAAAGAGUGAACCUCUCCCGACGACUUUCGACUGUCUAUUUUGCAACCAUGAGAACUGUGUGCUUGUGAAACUCAAUAAAAAGCUGGGCUUUGGGAAUUUAUCUUGUAAAAUAUGUGGACAGCGGUUUCAGACAGGGAUCAACUAUCUCUCUGCAGCCGUGGAUGUAUACUCUGACUGGGUCGAUGCUUGCGAUGCCGUUGCGAAAGAGGGACCCAAAGAAGGGGCAGGUUCUAGUGUUGGUAGAGCAGAUCAUGAUGGACCUUCUGCUUCUGCUGCACCCGCUGUAGUUGAUGAUGGGCUCGAUGAUGACUACUAG